UUUCCACCGCUUCGUCCCUCUUCCACCGCGUCCAGUGUAAGAAAGGCGGCUCCUUUAGGGCGUCGGCAUCGCGAUCUCGGCGGAAUUCGCCGCCCGAUCGCUGUGCUCUGCUGGAAUCCGCCUCCGAUCUGGCCGGAACCAUGGCUUCCGGCAGAUACAUGGCCUAUUCGCCGUCCCCCUCCACCGCACCGCAGUCCCCUCACAUCUCCGGCAUGCGGUCGGCCAGUAGUGCCCUCGUCGAGCAGGAGAAGUACCUAGCGGAGUUGCUAACAGAGCGUCAGAAGCUGAGCCCGUUUAUGCUGGUGCUGCCUCACAGCUAUCGCUUGCUUAAUCAGGAAAUUUUACAUUUAACCACGCUGUUGGAGAAUGCUUCUCUUUUAGAUCAAACUGGGCUUGAACAUGGUAGCCCACUAAUCAGUGGAGGAUUAUUUCCAAAUGGAAGCACUACUGAUAUGAAUGGCUGGGCAUCAGCGUUCCAAUCUGAAAGAUUGGGUAUAUUACAGCCUUCGUCAGGGAAUGGGUGGGUUGGGCCACAAGGCAGCUCCUCUGGUCUUGUUGUGAAGAGAACUAUUAGAGUGGAUAUUCCAGUUGACCAAUACCCUAAUUACAACUUUGUUGGUCGGCUCCUUGGUCCUAGAGGAAACUCUCUCAAGCGAGUUGAAGCAAAUACUGGUUGUCGUGUUCUAAUUAGGGGGCGGGGCAGCAUUAAAGAUCCUGCACGGGAGGAGAUGAUGAGGGGGAAACCAGGGUAUGAACAUCUGAAUGAGCCCCUUCACAUUCUUGUAGAAGCGGACAUGCCAGUUGAAAUUGUUGAUGCUCGCUUGUUGCAAGCCCGCGAAAUACUGAAAGAUAUGCUGAAGCCUGUGGAUGAGUCGGUAGACUUCUUUAAGAAGCAGCAGCUGCGAGAGCUAGCCAUGCUUAAUGGUACCCUCCGUGAUGAAGGCUCUCACACAUCAGGGUCCGCCUCCCCUUUCCAUAACAGCCUUGGCUUGAAGAGAGCCAAGACGAGGGGGUAAACUGAGAUUGUCAUUUAGCUGUCCCUGCUAUGAGUGUCUGUUUUAUCUUUGAUAGUCAUGUGCUGGUUAGUGUUAGCCAUGCUUUGACUAAGGCAUGGCUCUAACUAUGGUUAUGUCAGUGUCUUUCUGCUGGAGGGGGAAGAUUAGGGUUGUGGAGUUUGCAUAUAUAUGUGCCCUAGUCAGGAGCAAAGGCCAUGUUACUUUGACGCAAUGUGUGAUUACAAUUUUGGUACUAGUCCGGGGGUGUACAGAAGAAUCAGUGAACACGCCUUUAACCAUGGUCAUCUUCAAAUGUCUUCCUUCCGUGAAGAGAAGGUUUUGUUUAGAUUCGUGCUCGUCAGAUAUGUAUCCAUGUAGUUAAAACACUGUUUGUGUGAUUACAGUUUUGAUGUUAGUGUGGAGGUAUAUGGAAUAAUCAGUCAGGUCUAUAUGUACAAAUAGUGAGUUGGUAUUCCCUCUAAGCAGAUCUUCGUCAUCAGAGUGCCGUCGUUAUGGAUUCUUUAAGUUGUAUUUGGACUAUUUGGUCAUAAUGUUCUUAGUUUUGUGGAUAUGGUAAUAAGUCUCCUGGACACUGCUUGUUUAUGUUUUGACAAUGUUAGUUCAUUUUUAUGGACCAU